UUUUCUGCCACUAAGAUAUUGUUCCAUUUGUUCUUAUUGUUAUAUAGGGUGGGAACAAUGCUGGUCACACAGUGGUUGUUGACUCAGAGAAAUAUUUCUUUCACAUGGUUCCAAGUGGACUGAUACAACCGAAGGCUGUUAGCAUUAUUGGAAAUGGUGUAGUGAUUCAUAUUCCGCAGUUCUUUGAGGAGUUAGAGGCACUUGAAGCUAAAGGGGUCACAGAUUGGCAGAAAAGACUUCUAGUCUCUGAUAGAGCUCACAUAGUAUUUGAUUUACACCAAGAAUCUGACAAAUUACGAGAGGGUGGAAAAGGAGGGUUGGGGACCACAAAGAAGGGAAUUGGACCUACCUAUGCUUCCAAGGUAUUGUUUAUAUUAGUUAAUUUAUUCUGGGAAAUGGUCUGUUUUCUUUUAAUUGCUUAUUUCUAACCCUAACCCUAACCCGUUGGUUUAAUAUACAUGUA